AUGGUUGUCAUCGUCACCAUCAUUUCGCAGGAAGAUCUCAAGAGUUGCAUGCGUCUAGACGGGACUGCCGCUGCGUUUGGUGGUGUGCUAACCGAGGCCCCCCCUUUAGAACAUGUGCGUGACAUCCUGCUUGAGGACCGGCUCGCAGGGCUGGAGCAGUGUCCCUUCCCCGUGGAGCUCCGGGAAGUACAGACCUUUGUGGGGUCCCAGUGCUUGGAUGAGUCGCUGGCGGCCGGGAGCGUCCAGCGCGCCCGCUGCGCCUCCAGGUGCCUCAGCCUGCAGAUCACGCGCAUCUCCGCCUUCUUCCAGCACUUCCAGAACAAUGGUUCCCUGGUUUGGUGCCAGAAUCACAAGCAAUGUUCAAAGUGCCUGGAGCCCUGCAAGCUGUCCUGGGACCUGCGGAAGCAGCAAUGCCAGAGCUUCUGCGAGUCUCUGUUCCCCAAGAAGAACUACGAGUGCGUGACCAGCUGUGAGUUCCUCCAGUACAUCCUGUCGGUGAAGCAGGGGGACUGCCCCUCCCCGGAGAAGGCCAGCGGGUUUGCCGCCGCCUGCGUGGAGAGCUGCGAGGCGGACGCCGAGUGCUCCGGGGUGAAGAAGUGCUGCCCCAACGGCUGCGGGCACACGUGCCAGCUGCCCAGGACUCUCUACAAAGGUGUCCCCCUGAAGCCCAGGAAGGAGUUGAGGUUCACGGAACUGCAGUCUGGGCAGCUGGAGGUCAAGUGGUCCUCAAAGUUCAACGUUUCCAUUGAACCCGUGAUCUACGUGGUGCAGAGAAGGUGGAAUUAUGGGAUCCAUCCCAGUGAAGACGAUGCCACGCCGUGGCAGACCGUGGCACAGACCACGGACGAGCGGGUGCAGCUGACAGAUGUCCGGCCCAGCAGAUGGUACCAGUUCCGCGUGGCGGCUGUCAAUGUGCACGGGACCCGAGGCUUCACCGCCCCCAGCAAGCACUUCCGCUCCUCCAAAGAUCCGUCCGCACCCCCUGCCCCAGCCAACCUCCGGCUGGCGAACUCCACCGUCCACAGUGACGGAAGCGUGGCCGUGACCAUCGCGUGGGAUGUCCCCGAGGAACCAGACAUCCCGGUGCACCACUACAAAGUCUUCUGGAGCUGGACGGUCAGUGGCAAGUCCCUUGUGCCGACCAAGAAGAAGAGGAGGAAGACCACAGAUGGGUCUCAGAACUCGGUGACCCUGGAGCCGCUGCAGCUGGGCUGCGACUACACUGUGGAGCUGCAAGCCAUCGCGUACUGGGGCCAGACGCGCCUCAAGAGCGCCAAGGUGUCCCUGCGGUUCACGUCUGCGCACGCCGCCCGCAACACUCGCGUGCGACUGUGUCCUGUGAACCAGCACGUGCGCACGUGUGACCUUGGCGUCUUCCUCGCCAUCUUUGUCUAUUUCGCGUGCAGUGUUCUGGUGUCAUGUGGCUUGUGGCACCGUGAGCUCAGUGUGAGGGAGAUAGUAACGCGGAGCUGCCUCCAGAAACAGCGAGAGGAGAGCCACAGAUUCAGGCUUGAGGCUGCCUGUCAGAGGCCGGGGUCACACCGAGAGCCCGAAAACUACAUGAUUCUUCCAGACCUGUCGUUCUCCUGCAAAUACAAGGUGAUCGUGCAAGCCGCACGGCCCCUGGGCCGCUGGAAAGCGGAGAGCGCGUCCUUCACGACCCCGCCAUGCUCCGCGCUCAAGGGGAAGACCCACAAGCACUUCAGCUGCCCCGGCGUGGAGGAGGGUCGCAGUCACGUGCGCCCCAAAGUGCAGGCCAAGCCCGAGAACCUGUCCGCCUCCUUCGCGGUGCACGAUGCCAACAUCACAGGGCACUUCUCCUGGACGGUGAGCAAGGCGGGCCUGCCGCGGCCGGCCACCGGCUUCCAGGUGACCUGGGCUGAGGUCACCACCGAGAGCCGGCCCAACAGCCUCCCGAACAGCAUCAUCUCACAGUCCCAGAUCCUGCCCGCGGAUCACCCAGAGCUCUCGGUCCCGGGUCUGCGGCCCGCCACUCUCUACCGCCUGGAGGUGCAGGUGCUGACCGCGGGCGGGGAGGGGCCCGCCACCAUGAGGACCUUCCGGACGCCCGACGUGCACCGCCCCCAUCUGAAACACCGCCAUCCCCACCACCACAGGCCGCCUGCAGAAAGGUACUGAGAUGCUCUGAGAGCCCGUCUGAACCCUGAGCGAGUGUGGAAGCUGGCACAACCCCCCAAGGACUGGCCGUGCCCGCUGGGAGGCUCCAGGCCCUUCCCGGAGGACCGCCCGCCCCUGCCUAAUAACCGUGGGGCACUCAAUGCUCUGUCUGCCCCGGAAAACGCGCCCCGAAAACCAGGGACGUGCAGUGGGCCUUGUGAAGGCGGAGGGACAGGUUCCUGUGAGAACAGACGACAUGCAGCCCAGCCCUGUUGCGCUUCUAAUUCUUGCCUGACUGUGUGGUGGAGCUCCUCCCAAUACAGGUCUGAGAUGUCCCCGAAUUUGCAUCAACAGAUUCUCCAAAGAAGCAGUUUACACAAUUUACACACGUAAUAGGCCUGCAUGUAAGCAGUUACUCACUGAACACUUGGAAAUUAAAUUAUUGAUUUGAUUUCCUAGAUCCACGGAAGAGUACCCAGAUUUUUACACCCUAAUAUUUAUUCAAAGAUUUCUGAAGAUGAAUUUUUGUUUUUAAUUACCUGUGGGGUUUUUUUUUUCAACUGAAAAAUCUGUAAACCUGAAAUAUUGCCAAUUAAUAUAAACCUAAAAUGCUCCAGC